UGCCGACCGUCGAGUUCCGCGAUCGCCAUGGCGUCCAGCUCGAAGAAGUUAAAGCGGCAACAAGACGGUCAUGCACUAGCACUGGACGUUCUGUGCAACUCAUCGCUUUGUACCCUGAUCCAAGCGUUCAACAACGGUGUGGCGCUGAAGUUUUGGACAAUGGGGGAAGUUGCCGCCCAGCGAGGAUACCUCUCUGUCGUGCAGCAUGCACCAAAUCUACGAUUCGAUGGAAAAAACAGCGAAAAUUCGUGCGUCAAGGCGAAGGCGAUGGACUUUGCUGCCAUGGGUGGGCACAUCGGCGUCCUCGAGUGGAUGCAGACGUCUUGCCGUUUUCGCAACGAGUGCACGUCCCACGCCAUGGACUGGGCAGCAACCGCGGGUCAUAUCAACGUUGUUCAGUGGCUUGAUGCAAACCGUUGCGAGGGAUGCACAAACAUGGCUCUCGUCGGUGCUGCCUGCUCUGGGCAUGUCAUGGUGGUGGAGUGGCUUCUCCGCCAUCGCAGUGACGAUGUGCAGUUCGCCAUGGACGCAUUCCAAGGGGCCGCAGAACACGGGCAUUUGCCUGUUCUUCAGUGGUUCGUUUCAAAUGGGUACUAUCAAGCUCAAAACGAUAUGUUUCCCCUGGACGCCGCUGCAAAAGGCAAUCACAUGGAAGUCGUGGUUUGGCUACACACACUGAGCGCAUGCCAUGGCGCGUCCGAGAGUGCCAUGGACCUUGCCGCAGAGAACGGUCACUUGGACAUGGUCAAAUGGCUGCAUAUGCAUCGCAGGGAAGGCUGCACGGUCGAUGCCAUGAAUUGGGCGGCCAAUUGCGGUCACCUCGAAGUUGUGCAGUGGCUCCACGAACAUCGGCGCGAAGGGUGUACAACUGAUGCCGUCGAUUUCGCGGCUGAAAACGGUUUCCUAGAUGUCGUAAAAUGGCUCCUGCUCCACCGCACGGAAGGCUGUACGACGCAGGCGAUGGACCUGGCAGCCAAAAAUAAUCACUUGGACGUUGUCGCUUGGCUGCACCUGAACGGCCCGGAAGGCUGCACGUCCGCCGCUAUGGACGGAGCGGCAAAGCGCGGCAAUCUCGAGGUUCUUCAGUGGCUGUUCUCAAAUCUCAAUGUGGCGCCAUCGACGAACGCCAUGGACUUCGCUGCCAAAAAAGGACACGUGGUGGUGCUCGAAUGGCUCAAUACAGUCGCGCCCACCGUUGGGUGCACCACCGAUGCGAUGGAUUUUGCGGCGCAGUACAAUCAACUGGAAGCGCUGCAGUGGCUCCAUGAACACAGGGAUGAGGGCUGCACAGUCGAUGCGAUGAACUUUGCUGCAGAACAUGGACACUUGCGCGUUGUGCAAUGGCUGCACGCCAACCGCACAGAAGGCUGUACGGCCGACGCAAUGGACUGGAGUGCCAAGAAUGGUCAUUUGGACGUCGUCGAGUGGCUGCAUGAGCAUCGAACUGAGGGGUGCUCCCCUGACGUUGUCGACACAAUCCUUCGUGCUGGACAGCUGCAUGUCCUCCAGUGGUGGUAUUCCCACCGCCCCGAACGCAGCACGUCGAAUGCGAUUGCGAUUGCCGCUGAAAACGGACAUCUUGACAUCGUUCAAUGGCUCCACGGCGUCGGCGAGACUUGCACAACCAAAGCGAUGGAUUUGGCGGCAGAAAACGGGCACUUGGACGUGAUCCAGUGGUUACACAUAAACCGCGAUGAAGGGUGCUCCCGAGAAGCCAUGGACCUGGCUGCGGAAAAUGGACACGUGCACGUCAUGAAUUGGCUACAUACUCAUCGCAUGGAGGGAUGCACACGGGAAGCGCUCGAGUUGGCAAUUUCUGAAGGUCAAGAGAAAGCUGCGAGGUGGCUCGUCAAGCAUCUGUCAAAGAAGGCGACGGUGGCAGCGUGCAUGGCGCUUGCCAAAACGUACGGAUUGGAGGAACUGAGGGACUGGUGCGUGGCGUUCAAGGCAGGACGAAAAAAUGAAGCGUCGACAUCGGCUCCAUUACCUCCACAAUAGCCGUAGCGAUGUGUGGUCGCCACAUACUCCACAUGUGGCUUACAAACCACAAUCAAGCGAUGCGAUGUUGCCCGAGCCGUCGAAAUUGCUACGAAGGUCGUAGAGCGGGGCGUUUUCCUCCGUAGAGAAAGCAUCGUUUGGCUGUAGGUCCACUGGCCGUGGUUCCCCGGCGUCAGCAGCGUUUCUCAGCCAAGACAUUCUCCAUGCCCCUCUGCGGAAUCCAAGCUUCAAGGGCUAGAAGCAUACAAGGACUAGACUUUGGUGAUGGCGAGCCGAAGCACCAAGUACGAAUCAAGCCAAAUGUCAAAGAAUGCCCACCGCCUCAUGGGCAUCCAACGAGGCGAAGGGGUUCCACCAAGAAAACACUUGCAGUACAAAAGAUCAGACUCAUUUCACCGCCACCACACAGUGAGACAGGCCUGUCGCUCCAUUUCCAAUGCCACACGCCGAUGUGGUGCAAGUGCAUCCAUAGAUGUGCCAUGAUGUCAACAAGCAGCCUGGGGCUGUCCAUCCGUCGCUACGGUUCCUGCUAACUACCACGAGCUUCACCGCCGCCUUCUCACAUAUCGCCCCUCCCACGAAGUCGACGACGUCUGCGAGGACACCGCGCGGUGCUCGUGGCGAAGUGGGCGGCACCCACUCACUUUGCCGAGCCGACUAAUGGGUUGCCAUGAAUGUUGAAGUCCCCAACUUCAACACUACGUCGACUCCUCCGAAUAUUAUCCGGAUUGCGAAA